CCCGGUAGCGGUAUUAAGUCGUACUUUUACUAUAAGUAUCGGCUAAAAGGAAAGGUUUUUAAAGAUAUUAAAGACUAUUAUAGCUACUUAGAUCUAGUUAAUCUAAAGGUUAAUGCUCUACCUAGCGAUAAUAGCUCGGCUAUUAAAUAG